AUGGUGACGACAAUCGGGAAGAGAGAGUUGCGUCGGCUGGGGGUCGGCGAGUCUGAGUCGGACGAUGGUGACCGGAAGCGGCGCCGCACGAACGAUAAGGCGUCGAGUUCGAAAAAGCCACCGGUGCCGAGUUACGACAAGGGGUCGAGUUCGAAAAAGAAACCGGCGAAGAAGCCGGCCGUGAAGAAGCAGGCCGCAAAGUCACCCUCAGAGGAUUCAUCCUCAGGGGAUUUAACUUUAGAUUACUCAAUCUCAGAGGAAUCGUCCUCAGAGGAGCAACCGGUGAAGAAGAAACCGGCGAAGAAACCGCCUCCGAAGAAACCGCCCCAGAAGAAACCAUCACCCCCGCCGAUUAGUUCAGAUAGUUCGGAUGAGGCAGACGGACCGGGCACGCCCCAUGACCGUGCCAGCGCUGACAGGGAGGAGAGACGGCUCGAGCUGGAAGAGGAAUCCCGACGGUUCGACCUGCUGAACGCUCAGCGCUCACGAGAGUACGACGCGCGGUAUGACGCGGACGAAGAAAUCUCCCGUAGUCUACCGGGCCUCACGCUUGGCGAGCAAAUUGCGUGGCAUCACAACCUUCGCCCGCAGCGGUUGAGAGAGCGCCAUGAAAUUAUGAGAGCGGACUGGAGAAGCAUCCACUAUGAUGUCCACCGUGAGCGCCGCGAGUAUCGCCGGACCAUCCGUCGUACAUACGGCCGUCGGUGGUAUGAUCCCGAUUCUGAUACGAGUGAGAACGAAUCACCGCCGCCUCCUGCUCCUGGUUAUGCGUCCCCGGUCCUCCCUCCUGCUGGCCCGGAUGACCCUCCUGCUCCUGAACCUCCUUUGCCGCCGACUCUUGACCCCGGUUACCAGAAUCUAGACAUCGAGGCCUUCCGACUCGAGGCGUUGAGAAUUCUCAACGACCCCACCAGAGACUUGGGCGAACAAAGGCCGGCCAUCGAGAUCGCGAUAGAGGCCGACGACGUCACCCCGGCGCAGAUUCGCCGCAUAAUCCGGGGAUAUCGCGAAGCCGGCGUGCCCGGCUCGAUCGAUGGCAUCUGGCCCGGUGUCGCCGGUGGGCCUGAGCGGCGCCGCCCUCCGCCACUCCACGUUGCCGCCAUACAUGGCAGGGGCGACAUCGUCGAGGCACUGCUCCAGGAAGGGGUUGAUAUAGACAUUCAGUAUGCCUACCCCCUAAAUGGACCCGCGCGCGUGGUACCUCAAAUCGUAUUCCGUCAAUGGGAUCUCGAAGCGGAGCUCGGCCGCCCAGUCGUCGUUAACGCUGACGCUAUUCGAGCUCAGAUUGAUGCUCUGGAGACGGGAAUAUUAGCUUUGGUCAGAUUUGGGAGUCAGUGCAUUUUAGAGUCUUUCAUUACCCCUUAUGGCCAUGUGUUGAGAGCGAACUACCUCUUUUGGCCUGUCUCAGUAGCCCUCGCUCCCGAGACACGCAUCUCGCCUCGUUACAAUAUCUGA